AUGGUCAUCCCUUGGUUUCUCCUCGUACCUGCCUAUACUCCAGUGAAGGAAAAGGCUCCCGAGUUUAGUCAUUUCAGGGAUUUCAGGCACCUUGGGAUUGUCCCUUGUCCACAGACCUUGGCGGAUAGAACAGGCUCUUCAGCGCUGGAGGAGCUGGAGGACGCUGUGUCCGGCUAUGAGAACUGCUCCCUGCACUGCAUGCUAUGCGAUCCUCUGCAGCUGGAUGCUUACACAAAGCGCUGGCUGCAGCACCUGCAUUCAUGUGGCGCAGACACCACCAUCGAUUUCGCCCUUCAGUUCGGAACGUCCAAGGCGAAAAGCAAGAGGACCCAGGGAGACAACACUGGCGCAGGGGCAGGAAGGACGGCGGCUCCACUCAGCAUAACCUGCUCUGCGCAUCCAACGGUGCUGCAACUGCACGACACCAUUCAGCCGUGCCUGACCUGCCGCUGUCACGGAGUGCCUCUGCCAUUCCCUUCCACCUUACCCAACCUCUCGAACCCCUCGUCUCGCCCCUCCAACCCUUCCCUGCCUCUCGCCAAGCCCCCAAGCCUGCGAUGCCCUGUCUCCGGGCAGAGGCUGGAUGCGAGUGAUGUGACCAGCAACACUGUGCUGCUGGGAGCCUCAGGCACUGGUGGGAGACGGAGCAGUGGUGGUGGUGGUGGCUCAUGGGAUGGGGAUCCUGGGGUUGACUCUUGCAGGAUGUCAAGAGAGAGCGGUGGAGGGGAGGAGGAUGCUUGGAGGAGGGGGUCUAGGGGGAGGUCGAGAGGAGGGAGGGUAGGUAGGGAUGACGUGGGUGACGCGAGUGGUGGUGGGAGUGGGGGGAGGGGAACGCUUCUGCACUUGCCGUCAUUUAAGGCGGCUAUGGAGGCUCCUCGGCUGCAUGGAGGGGGGACCCCUGCUGUGCCUCUGACUGUGGUCAAGCGAGUGCUGCUGUCGUCAGUCAGCGAAGGUCUCAUAUUUGGCCUCCCACACGUUCUCAUGCCAUCUCAGGAUCUGGAGCUCGACUUCUCUAACAGCACAGAGCUCUCCGAAAUGGAGAGAAACGAGCACGCGUUUGCUGCGCUGUGCCGCUCACUGAACCAGCAUGACAACGGGCUGCUGUGCUCCAGCCUCGUCGAUGCAGACACGCGCAUGGACGUCUCCUUCCCCUGCUACUACCUCCUGCUGCCCACUGAAGCUGGAUCGCUCCUCCUGAGGAGGGUGGCUUCAGCAGAGGAGCUGCUGCCCCUGCCACCAAGGCCUAUCAGCAACCACGGGGAGGAGGACGACGAGAAGGGGGAAGAGGUGGCUGCUGCUGUCGACUUGGCACUGUCUCAGCUGGAGGAGGAGGCGUUCAACCCAGUGGAGGUGGAACGGGGCUGCCACCAGCGCCUGCAGUGGCUGCUCAAAGAGAGCUUGUACUUCCAGCCCAUACCUCCUGGCCGCCAGGGCUCCAACCUGCACUCUGUCACGCAUGGCUCUCGCUCCUCCUCACGCUCCCCCUCGUUCUCAUCACCGUCAGCCAUCGCUGCCACCACAUCUGAUAGUCCAGGAGGGAGUUCCCCUGCUCAGCUCGCUGCUGUCUCAGGGAGAAGGGAGAGGAGGAGGUCUGGCUCUUCAUUGCUCGUUGCUGCUGCUGGAGCUGCUGCUGUUGCUGGCGCUGGCGCUGGGGCUGGUGGUGGGUGGGGGGCACUUCCUGUUUCUGCCUCUAUGGAUCCAGAGAGGGAGUCUGGGAAGGUGGGGAUGAGGCAUGGUGCGGAUUCGGAUCUUUCCGCUGCUGAGGAUUGGCAAUCCAGGGCCUCAAGAGGGCAGAGAUCAGCACAGAUUCUUCAGAUGAUCAAGGAGAAGCGGAAUCAGCUGCCGCAGCAGCAGCAGAUGCUGCAGCAGCAGCAGCAACAGAUGCAGUUUCAGAAGGAGCUCUCCUCAGGGCACCAAGCAAGCAGCCUACAAGCAGCAACUGCCGCAACACAGCCCCUGCGGCCACCCUUCGUCCCCACCCCUCCCCCACCUCGCACCACACAACCCUCCUUCCAGUCACCCGCCUCUGGUGCUAUCUCAUCCUCCCCUUCCCACCGCAAGCUCUUUCCUUACCUCUCCGGACCCCCUCGUGCGCCUUCCCACUCCCAGCCCUCCUCCCGCUUCAUCGUCACUACUUUGUCUCCUGUAACAGGGCAUCCGGCAGGGAGAGCAGGGGAAGAAACUGUGGGUCGCAUGGAGAGCACAGUUGAAACAGGAAAGGGUAUUGACCCUGCCACUGCCACUGCCAAUGCUUCUGCUGCUGCUGCAGUGUGUGCUCCAGGACAGUCACUACCAGCGAAUAGAGGGUACCUGAGCACCCCUCCUGCAGAUGGUGAAAUGGAGACAAAGUCUGCAGAUGAUGCUGUAAGGUCUGCAGCUUCCGCUGCUGUGCCUGCUUCUGCUGCUGCUGCUGCUCCUGCUCCACGCCAUGGCUUGCUCUUUCCCUCAGGGGACGAAGAUGAUAUCGAGGAGGGAGGAUCAGCAGCAUGGGCUAUAGAGCUAGAGAGACUCUCAAACGGUUUGGGUAAGGCCACAAAUGGGGACACUACCAGAUUCGCAGGCGACUUGGGGGAAGAGCAGCAGAACAUGCAGGCUGUGCAAAUACUGCCUGACCUGCAGCUCCCUCCCUCCAGAUCCGCCCAUCCCCAAAAUGCACCAGCUGCUCAUCUUUCAGAGCGGGCUGCUCCCUCGGGCUUCUCGCGCCCUUCUCUUCCUCCAGCCUUGUCAGCAGACUCUCGAAUCCGGCGGGCACGCAGGCAAACCGCAGAAGCGGUCCCCCUGUCCGCACCUCUGCAAGACAGCAGCAAUCUGCAGCCACAGGCACAAACAGCUCUGGCUGUGCAGCGAAACCCUCUAGACAAGCCCCAGUUCUCCCAGGCGCCCAGAUUUGCGUCUAUCCCAGGGAUGCAGAGGGCUGGCAUUGGUGGUGGAAGGUACGUUCAACGAGUGCCUGGGGCACCAGGGCUUGGAAACUUGGAGUUGAGCACGAGGGGGGGUGAAACUGGGAUGGAGGGUGAGAGGCCAUCAGGAAAGGGGUCAAGAAAGGGGGGAUUCAGGAGAAUUCGUCAGGGAAAAGUCUAA